AUGUCCGCCAUCCCAGUGUCUGACCUGGGCCUCAACUCGAGCGAGAGCAGAUUCCUCCAGCAACAAAUUGUCGCAAGCCAGCAGGGCAGCCAUUCCAGUCGCGCCGCUUCCCACGCCUCUAGCCAGGGCCGUCUCCUCCUGGAUCCUUCGAGUUUGCAGGCGCUCAGCGCCCAUUUUGAUCGGCUGAUGUACUCGAUACAGCAGCGAUGGCAGUAUCUCUCGCAACAAACCCAAACGGCAACCCAAGUCCAGUACGACCGAGCUGGUAACGCGAUUCAAAUGGCAGACGCAGAAAUCGCCCGCUUCCGAGCCAUCCUGAGCGAAAUCGACCAGCUGGAAGUCGAAUUCGACAAGGUGCGUCGGAUUGGGGAAAUCGUUAAAGGCUUCAAGUCGCGCGUUGCCCACUUGGACCGCCGGAUAUGA